AUGACUCUGAGAAGCGCCGGCGGUCGACACUGGAAGAAGGUGUUCCAAAUGGGUAUUAUUAUCUCCCUCUUCCGCUCACCCUUUAACCCCUCUAAAUGCAAAACAAUGGCGAAAAUGGCGGUUGCGAGAGUGAAGUUGCUGAGGAACAAGAGAGAGGCGGUGAUUAGACAGAUGAGGCGCGACAUUGCUAUGCUUCUCGAAUCUCGUCAAGAUGCCACCGCUCGCAUUCGAAUUGAACAUGUGAUAAGAGAACAGAAUAUUAUGGCUGCAAAUGAGUUGAUUGAAAUUUUCUGUGAGCUAGUUGUGGCCAGACUCUCUAUCAUUGCAAAGCAAAGGGAAUGUCCUGCGGACCUUAAAGAAGGUAUAUCGAGUUUGAUAUUUGCUGCCCCUCGAUGCUCAGAUAUCCCGGAGCUCUUGUCUAUUCGUGACGUUUUUCAGAAGAAAUAUGGAAAGGAUUUUGUGUCUGCUGCAACCGAUUUACGACCCAAUGCUGGUGUGAAUCGCAUGCUUAUUGAGAAGCUCUCUGUGAAGACCCCAUCUGGUGAAAUAAAACUGAAAGUUUUGAAGGAAAUAGCCAAGGAAUUCCAGGUUCAGUGGGAUACAGCAGAAUCCGAGGAGGAGCUACUGAAGCCACCUGAAGAGCGUAUUGAAGGACCAGAAAAGUUUGUAAGUGCUGCAAGCAUGCCUUUGAAACCAGGCGAAAAGCAAUAUUUUGAGCCCAUCAACUUACCAGACAGAGAAGAUAAAAAUAGCAAUAAUAAUGACUGCGAUGAAGAGAUUGAGAUGGAGGAACCACCGAAAAUCGCGAGAAGACAUGGCUACAACAACUAUGCACCACCACCCAAAUCGGAAGAGAAUGAUGAUGAUGAUGAUGAUGGUAUGAAUCGACCACCGCCCAACCGCCCGGCCCCACAACUUCCCACCAGGCGCGUGCAUCCUAAGCUGCCCGACUAUGAUGCACUCACUGCCCGUUUCGAAGCUCUUAAGCAUGGCAAUGGACACUAUUAG